UCCUUUCGUGCAUGGGUUUAUAGAACGCGUAUUGUAAGUAGCCCUUCUUACUUGUCAGGAAUAGUAAACUACAUCUGCGGAACGUUCUCAACAAAUCCCUUAUUUGACCGCGAUCUCAGAGUCCUGAACCGGGAAUAUCACCAUUGGCCAUGAAUCGUAGAUGAAAAACUUUACAAGUGCUUCUGAGAUUUUGAGAGUAGCAUAUCGAUGGGUUUGUGCAAACAUGAACUGGCUACAUUAUAACAAGUGGAUGGGCGCAUGCAUUCGACUCAAACCUGUUCUCCUGUUAUAAUUAAGAGAAUGACGUCUGAGAGACAGAAGUAAAGGAUUGUACAUCAAGUCUGCCUUCAUUUAUUUUCUUUGAAACCAACAUAAUUAAAACUGUACUUCAUGGUAUUCGGAAGAAACUGAAAUCUACAUUCCAGGAGUCUAUUGCAAGGUGGGCUUGCAGUAGCGAUUGACAGAAAAUGCGACUGGGGUCGUGUUUGCUCAAAUGGCUGGGGAUAGGGAUUGGAAUCCUUUCUUUAGUUUCCUACAGCUGGUCUCAAGAUAAUGCAGAAGACUGGCAUUAUGAGGAGUGCAAGCUUUCCAGGACUGGCCCACCUGCCACCAUUGUAGCGAUUGAUGAGGAAAGUCCAAAUGGGACGGUCCUGGUCGAAAAUAUGCAAAUAAAUGGAAGAUCUCAAGACCCAGACCGGACCAUUUCCUUGUCCUUGCGAGACAACUACGACCGCUGGGUUAUCUUGGACCCGGUGGCACAAAGAUUAUACCUAAACAGCACUGGUCGAGUUCUCGACAGAGACCCUCCGUCCUACACCCACUCCAUCGUGGUGCAGGUGCAGUGCACCAACGAGCUGGUCGGGACGGUCAUUCUGCACGAGGUGCGGAUAGUCGUCAGGGACCGCAACGACAACACCCCUCGUUUCCAGCAGCCGCGCUACUAUGUAGCGGUAAACGAGCUGACCCCCGUUGGCACGACCAUCUUCACCGGCUUCUCUGGAAAUAAUGGCGCCACGGACAUCGACGACGGGCCGAAUGGACAAAUCGAGUACAUCAUUCAGUUCAACCCGAAUGACCCGACUUCAAACAGAACCUUCAGCAUCCCUCUCACCCUCGCCGGGUCGGUCGUGCUCAGGGAGAGGCUCAACUACGAGGAAACCACCCGUUACCUGGUCAUCAUUCAGGCUAAUGACCGGGCCCCUUACCCUAACGACAGGCUGACCGCCACCACCACGCUAACGGUGGACGUGCUGGACGGGGACGACCUGGGACCCAUGUUCCUGCCCUGCGCGCCGGUGGGCAGCACCCGAGACUGCACCCCGCUCACCUACAAGGCCGUCAUCCUGGAGCUCACGGACCCAAGCAGAGUGAACCCCGUUAAUGUCACUCCUCCCAUUCAAGCGGUUGAUCAGGACCGAAACAUCCAGCCUCCGUCGGACCGGCCGGGCGUCCUUUACUCCAUCCUCGUUGGCAAACCGGAGACGUACACAGAGUACUUCACACUGAAUCGGACCACAGCUGAGCUCCAUCUCCUGAAGCCGAUCAGCAGGGACCUGUACCACAAAUUUGACUUGGUAAUCAAGGCGGAGCAAGACAACGGGCACCCCCUGCCAGCGUUUGCUAGUUUGCACAUCGAGGUCCUUGAUGAGAAUAAUCAGGCCCCGUACUUCAACGUGUCCUCCUAUCAGGGGUUCAUCAUCGAGUCCGCGCCAGUGGGGACGACUAUCUCGAGCAAUUCCAAUCUCACCGCGCCCCUCAGCAUCAUUGCCUUGGAUAAUGACAUUGAGGAGACAAAAGACCCCAUGGUGCAGAUAUCCUUGAACAGCUACAACAGCAUCUUCACCGUGACUCCCCUGGGGAUCACGCGGCAUCUCACCCUGCUGAAACCCUUGGACCGUGAAGAACAGCAGACCUACACCUUCACGAUGAUUGCGUCUGACGGGGUCCAGGAGAGUGCACCGGUGACUGUUAAUAUUUCAGUGAUCGAUGCCAACGAUAACACUCCAACCUUCCCCAACAUCUCCUACAGUGUCGAUGUUUACACAGACAUGCAACCGGGGGAAACAGUGUUACGGCUGAUGGCCCUGGAUGCGGACGAGGGUCCCAACGGGCUGAUAAGCUACGAGAUCUUGGCCGGCGGUCAGGGAGACUUCACCAUCAAUAACCGCAGCGGCCUGAUCGCCGUGGCGCCCGGGGUCCGCCUGGCUGUGGGGCGCUCCUAUGCCCUGACUGUCAAGGCCGAGGACAACGCCCACGAGUCUCAGAGAAGGAGCUCCAUCACCACCGUGUACAUAGAGGUCCUCCCCCCCAACAACCAGAGCCCCCCUCGCUUCCCCUCCUUCACGUACAGCCUGGAGGUCAGCGAAGCCAUGAGGACGGGGGCCGUUCUGCUCAACCUGCAGGCAACGGACCGUGAAAGGGAUCCAAUCACAUACCGCAUCCAAAACGGUGAUUCAGAAAACAACUUCAACCUCUCAGAAACUUCAGGGCUACUUUUACUGGGGAAGGCGCUGGACAGGGAGACCACAGAUCACUACAUCCUGUCCAUCACCGCCGGCGACGGUCGCCCAGAGGGGAUCUCCACAGCCACUGUAACAAUAGUGGUCACUGACGUCAACGACAACGAUCCUGUCUUUGACCUGCUUCUGCCCAAAAACUUCACUGUGAAGGAAGAGGAGGCCAAUUUGUUUGUUGGUCAAGUAAAGGCCACUGAUCCGGAUGCGGGGGUUAACGGACAGGUGAGGUACCGGCUGGUGAACCACGCCGGGCUGUUCAGGAUCAACAGCAACGGCACCGUCUUCACGGGCGUGCCCUUGGACCGCGAGGCCCGGAGCGAGUACCACCUGGUGGUGGAGGCCUCGGACGGCGCCGUGGACCCCCGCCGCGCCACCGUCACGCUCUCCGUCCAGGUGCUGGACGUCGACGACAACAGCCCCGUCUUCACCCAGGCCUCCUACGCGGUCAGCCUGCCGGAGAAUGGCCCCGUGGGCACGGUCAUCCUGCAGCUGAGCGCCAAAGACGCAGACCUCGACUCCAACGUCACCUACCGGAUAAGGACAGAGGAGGCCAGGCAGCUGUUCUCCAUCAGUCCGGUUACCGGGCAGCUAUCGGUGCUGCAGGCGCUGGAUUUCGAGAACCUCUCCGCUUCAGGGGCCACCUACACCUUUGUGGUGGAGGCCUUGGACAGUGGUGGGAACAUGCCCCCAGGGAUGGCCACUGUCACCGUAAAAGUCACAGAUAUGAACGAUUACUCCCCGGUGUUCAGUCGGGCCAUGUACAGGGGUAUGGUGGCGCCCGAUGCUGUCAAGGGAACGGUCAUCACCGCGGUGUUCGCCGAGGACCAGGACCCUGCGGACACUGCAGCCAGCCGGGUUCGGUACCGGGUGGAUCCAGACCAGUUUCCCUACAGCGGCAGCAUUUUUGACGUGGAAGAAGAUUCCGGAAAUGUCAUCACCAGGGUCAAUCUCAACGAGCAGCCCAGUACAACAUUCAGGCUUGUUGUCAUCGCGUAUGAUGACGGUGACCCAGUGAAGCUCAACCGGACCCUGGUGGAGAUCACUGUUCUUCAGCCUUCAGUAAUCCCUGUCUUCAUCCAAGAGGAAUACAGGUUUGCACCUGUGAGUGAGAAUGCUCAAGUGGGGAAGGUGGUGGGAACCGUAAUGGCUGCCGCUGUGAACCAGACAAUAGUGUACUCCAUUGUGGAAGGGAAUGAAAAUGGAAUAUUCUCAAUGAAUAACAUCACUGGGGUCAUCUCCACGGCCAGCCUGUUGGACUACGAGUCCGUCAAUGGCUACACCCUCCGUGUGCAGGCGGACUCCAUGAGCGUGGUUGCGUCCAAUCUACGCGUGACUGCAAAAACCAACACAGCCAAAGUGUUUAUUGAUGUUCAGGAUGAAAAUGAUCACCCUCCUGUUUUCACCGAAAAGCUCUACCUGGGAGGGGUCACAGAAGAUGCCAAGACGUUCACCUCCGUGCUCCAGGUCCAAGCUUUGGACGAGGACACAGGGAAUUACAGUGCGAUGCAGUACAGGCUGGUCAUUCCAUCCAUGGCCCGCAAAAAGGACGGCUUUGUGGUGGAGCCAUACACUGGCGUCAUUAAAACUGCCAUCAUGUACAGAAACAUGCGCAGGUCCUACUUCAAAUUCGACGUCGUUGCGACGGAUAACUACGGGAAGGGUUUGAGCAGCAGUGCGCAAGUAGUGGUCUCGGUGGUUAAUCAGCUGGACAUGCAGGUGGUGGUGUCCAACGUGCCUCCCACCGUCGUCGAGCAGAACAAAGACCAGCUCGUCGGGAUUCUGGAGCGUUACGUUCAGGACCAGAUCUCAGGGGCCAAAGUGGUGGUGGAGUCCAUCGGGCCACGGCGGUAUGGGGACGGGUUCGAGCAGGAGGAUUAUUCUAAGUCUGACCUUGUGGUGUACGCCAUCGACCCUAUGACCAACCGGGCCAUAUCGCGGCAGGAGCUCUUCAAGUUCCUGGACGGCAAGCUCCUGGACAUAAACAAGGAGUUCCUGCCCUACCUGGGCCAGGGCGGGCGCAUCCUGGAGAUCCGCACCCCCGACAUCGUGGCCAGCGUCAAGAAGGCGGCGCAGUCCAUGGGCUACACGGAGGGGGCGCUGCUGGCCCUGGCCAUCAUCAUCAUCGUCUGCUGCGUCCCCGCCAUCCUUAUCGUCAUGUUGACGUACAAACAGCGACAGGCCGAAUGCGCCAAAACUGCCAGGAUCCAAAUGGCACUGCCAGCUGGCAAAACCGCCGGGGGUGCUGCCAACAACCUCUACGAAGAACUUGGAGACAGCUCCAUGGCUAAAAGGUGCAUGCUCGAAGAGGGUGAUCGCCAACGGCUGAUUAGCACGUUCGCCUCACGUGCCAUCGCUGCCCACAAGCAGUCCACGGCCAACGGGAUACUGCUCAACAACCUGCCCAAAUCCUCCAGCAACAUCACUUUCCUGUCCGACGAAAACCCGCUAACCACCAAAAACCCCCUGUUCGACGACGGGACCCUCAGCAGCCCGGAGCCCGAGGGGGCCUCGGAGAGGAGGAGGGAGUUAAUGGGUUUGCAGUCUUCCGGGGGGAAGGACUUGAAGGAUUGGUUUCCCCAGGGGGGGUCCGGGAACGCCUGGACACUGCCUUCCAGGCUCCACAAGGCGCAGAUGUACGACUCGCUCCGGCGGCAGGUGGUGAUGGACCCGGUGCAGUGGGAGAUGGAGCUGCUGAAAGCAGAGGGCAGAGAGAAGAAGGACCUGCACCUGGAGGCCUUCCAGAUCGCGGGCCACAAGGGGCCGGAGGCCAAGCUGACGGUGAAGGAGCAGGCUCGGCAGUUCGAGCAGCAGGCCCGGCAGGAGAUGAAGCAGCACCAAGGCUGCGAGUCCAGGGGGUCGCUGCCCGCCGACUACCUGCUCUCCACCCUGGAGGGCCUCCAGAGGCCGUUCUCGCCGGUCUCUGGAUCGGCCGCGGGCCGAGACGUGCCUCCUUGCAUCAUCAUCACCGAGAGCGACGGCACGCCGCCGCCGAGCCGCAAGCCCACCCCGCCCGUCCUGCGCAAGUUCGGCUUCGCAGCUGCCGAUUCUAUCAAAGUCCACGUGGAGGUCAUCCCCGACCCUCCUGAUGUCCCCGCUCCCCCGCCACCUCCUUCUUCCCCUCCGCCACCCCCUCCCCCAACCACUCCCCCACCCCCGCCCCCUCCCCCAACCGCUCCCUCAGCACCUCCCCAACCACUCCCCCUCCCCCUCCCCCUCCCCCUCCCUCAGCACCUCCCGAGCCCGCCCUCUCCCCGCCUCCAACCUCCUCCCCACCUCUCCGCAACCCGGCUCCGCCUCCCCGCCUCCGCUCCCACCCCCCUGCUCUCCCUCUUCCUCCUCCUCGACCUCCCGCGUGACCCCUGCCUCUACCUUCGUCCUGCCUUCCCUGCCCUCCGUGUCCUCCCUCCGCCCGGUGUCCUUACGAGCCCCACCCCCGCCCCUCCCCACCCAGCCAGAGCCCCCAAAGAGGGAGCUGAAGGGAAUCUUGAAAAACAUCCAGAACAUAGCAGACAUAGAGAAAUCUGUUGCCAACAUGUACAGUCAAAUAGACAAAAAGCGGAAGGCGCCAAAACCGCAAGUGUCUGUGGAAUCGGAGCCGUCGUCAAAUCAGUCCGAGCCCUCCGACCCCCCCGCCCCCCCCGAGGUUACGGAUCCCCCCGAGGGACAGGAGGCCAUGCCCAAGCUCGACUUGAACCCCAUCGUGGAAGAACUGGAAAAGCGCUUUCCCUCCCAGUCCACCGCCCUGUAACUGCUUGUAUCUGUUCAUUUUUUCAUCUAUUACUUUAUCUCUUCCACUUUUUUUGUUCCUCGUCUUCAUUUCUUUAAUUUCUUACCUGUUGUAGUAUAUUUUUAAGUCUUUCAAAACUGUGUAUCAUGAUAGAGCAGGUUUUUUAAGAUUGGUUUUAUAUCUUAAAAAUGUUUUGUUUUUGAGAUAUACAAAGGUUUUUGUAUGCUUUUUUAAGUCAGUGAUUUUGGAUUUGGAUUCAUACAACAUCUACUUUGAUUUAGGCUAGGAUUAUUUUAGGUAAUGUGGACACAAAAUGUGGAAAAGAAGUGAUAAGGUCACACUACUCACAAGCAAUCUGAUAAGAGAAAAAGCUAAGCAUUUGUUGCUUUGCAGUCGUUUCAAAUGUGAAACUAAACUUGUCAUCCAAUCAAGCCAUUGUUCAGCUGAACUGGCAACUCAGAAUUAAUUUAUAAAGGUGUUCUGUGGUUCCUCAAUGUUGUUGCACUUCACUGAACAGAAUAUAAAGAUUUGCUCACCAUCACACUGCAUGCUUGUUUCUGUUUUUCUUUCUCUCUUGCAUUUCAUGCCUUGCAUUUUACACUGCUUCAUGCUUACUAUGGGUCUGGAGAUGAAUGCAUAUUAAACAGAGAUUUUUAUACGCGGCACUGGUCAAGACAGGGAAAUAUCUGGCCUGUGUUCAUUUAACCGUUGUCUUUAGCGUUGACUUACAAAACAUGUGCUGUGCCUGUGAAGUUAAAAUAAAUGUAACAUCAGACUGUAGGUGAGUCAAAGUUAAGGACAAACGUUGAUUGAGUCCUGGCCAUUGUCUCUGCAGUGAUGUCAUAUAGAAUGUGGGUGUGUCCUCUCGCCGAUAUUUCCAGCACAAGCUGAAAGAGUGUUGAUAUGGAAAGGGAGCUGUCAGAGAGGGAAUUUUUAAUUAGUCAAAGGAUCAAUCUUGUAGCCAUUUGGACUCCUGCUUCCUCUGUCUCUCUGGUGUGUUUAAUUCAGUAAACAUCUUGUGGUAAUCCCGACUAGGCUAAUCAUACUGCAGAAAAUUGGUGGCGGAAAAUAUCUCGUCACUACGUGCGAUAAUCACUAUUUCCAUAAAGACGCUCCAUCAUUGUUUUUUCUGAUUUUCAUUUUGAGCCUCUUCAGCGGACUAGCUAGUGGAUCAGGCUGCAUUUCGAAAAUUGUUACAAAAAAAACAGCAAUUUCGAAGCAUGUUUCCGUUUCCCACCCUUUGGGUUUUUCUCUCCAGGCAGCCAGUCGCAUGGUGUCUGUAGAGGAAGCAGCCACCCCUCACAACACUGUCCCCUCGUCUCCCUUUCAACAUCUUCUGUUUCAGUUUCCUCUUCCUCAUCUGAGGUCCUGUUCACCGAUAUUCACCGUGAAUAGUGCUGGCACCAGUCAGCCGGUAUGUUCAUUCAGCCUGCGGGGUGGCCAUAAAGCCAAUUUAAUAUCCAAAUUACUUCAGAUGGGAAACACAUAUUUUCCCUGCCGCUAAUUUGGAAAGGAAGUACACCUCAAAUUCUGUGACAGCGUGAGGCUGAUCAAAUGAACGCUGCAUCCUCAAUUCAUCCCGAAAUAUAUCCUGAAACUUUGUAGUGAAAACAAAGGAGCGAAAAAAUCUCAAAACCUUGAAAUGUUGCUUAUCAAGUGUAUUAGGCAACAGGCAGCAAUGGUUUCUGGUACACCACACUGUUUUUAACGAACAGAUGGAUUAUGGUACACGCGGGAUAUUAAUGUGGUUUCUUUUUUUAUUAUUCCUUGUCAUAUUUUAUGUUUCUGUGCUCGUUGUAAUGAUUUUACCGCGGGACCUCUCAGUGGAGGUGGUACAGCUAUGGCUGGAUCUCUUCCAGCGCAAAAACCUGAGUGACGCUAGCAGGCCGCUGCUGCAUCGCUGCUCGCCAGCGCCUCCGACAGGGAACAUAACUCUCCCGCUCCUGGGUCGCUAACCCUCGGCGCAACAAAUUUCACAACGGUGUGAUUAAACCCGCGAUUAGCGCCAGCGCCGCUCUCUGUCACGUGGGCCGGCGCUAGCCCGCUAGCUCGCGCGUUAUUAGUGACAGUUGACUUCCUUUGCUCGGCCCUGUGGAAGCCCAUCUGUCUUUGGCUUUCUAGAUUGCGCAGUCUGACCUAAUUCAGCGCGGUAUCCAUCACACGCCCCAUCCAGAGAGGCGUGGCGCGGAGAGCACGCACAGGUACCCACGUCAAACCCCCCGUCGGAUUGACUGCCGCGCCAGGAAGGGGGUAAAGAAACCCGAAGCCAGGAAAAAAAAGGAAAAAAGAUUGUCUCUGAAAAUCACAGACCGUUGUUUAGCCAUAAAUCUUCAUUUGCAUUCAUCAUUACUUUCACAUCAGUGAACAAUUGCUGUAAUUUUCUCCUGAUAAUCAGCAGCCUGGGCAGAAUUUUAAUUCCUUGACAUUAAUGCAUUUGUUGUAAUCAGCCACUGAAAGAGAUGCUCAUCGCCGCCUUUUGUUUUUUUUUAAUGUCGUUGUAAUCUCAAAAAUCUCCCUUGUCCACAACUUUUGAAUGCUAGCAAGCUAGGACUGUGUUCCAAAGCUGGGUCACAACUUGGCAUGGUUAGCAGCCUGACCCCCCCCCCCCCCCAUCCUCCUCCCACCCCCACAAUUCCAUUCAGAAGUAAAAUGAGCCAUCCUGAAUUAGCAGGAGGGGUAAGGUACGCCAGGUCUAGCUCAGUUCUGCUGGGAAUGCAGUUAAGCGGGCUAGUUUAGAAUGUCAGGAAUCAGAAUUUUACGCAACAUUAUCGGCGAGUUCCGUGGAGUAAGCAAUUUCAGCCUGCCUUUGCAUCAGAAGCAUUAACCCGCAUUCUCGAUCGUCAGAAGCCCACAAGCUAUGAAUUCAUUUUCUGUACACGUCCAAUUUCCAAUUCGUUUGAGUUGCAAAAACGUGUGGCCCAUAUGGUAAGUAGAAAGUCAAUAUGCCACACUAUCAAUGUUUAUUUAUUUAUUUUCGGAAAGGUUAUUGAGGCUUUUACAAUUCCCUAGCCUAUUUCCUGACGACGGUUUGUUUCUCUCUGAUUUUCUGUGAUAUUUUGCUGACUAAGCAGUGGUAAUUUUAAAGCUCGGUUCACAUACUGGCUCUCAAAGGAGAGGCGUAACGAUGUAAAUCUGGUCACAUAAUUACCAUUGAAAAAAAAGGCAAUGACUGUGUUUGACAUAAGCGCAUAACCUGAGAUUCAGCCGGAAAACAAUGUUUCGUGUUGGAACACUCAUAUUUAUCUUACCACAAUCUUUCCCUUGAUUUCUGCAAUUUUAUUUCU